AUGAAUAUGGCUCCUUUAUGCAGCAUUAUUCCGGAAUAUGUAUUGCUGAACAUUGUUGAAAACAGACUGGCACCACAGCAUGUCAUUAAUCGGUGCCAAUCCACCAUUGAAAAAACCAAGCAACUUCAGGAUAUUCGUAUUCGUCACGGGCAGAGUAUUACAGGCGCUCAGCAGCAACAAACCCCCCAAGGUAUUAUCCCACCUUAUAUCCUAGAAUCAAUUGCUCGAAAUGCCAGGACAGAGCAACAACGCGAGGCGGCCCACCACACACUUGCACAUAGUGCUAAACAUCGAACAGUAGCAGGGCCUGUACGUCAACUAAACCGUACAGUGUACAAUGCGCAAAAUUCCCGUGAUGAUCCGCCUCCACGCGACAAGAUUUUGCUUAAGGAAGGUGGUGAACUUCUCACCGAGGAGGAAGAUCCGACUAAUAACGCAAAUGAGUGCUAUGUUGGCCUUGAGAAGAUUUACAACUUCUAUUUCCAUUUCUUUCAGCGAAACUCAAUUAAUAACAAGGGCAUGAAGCUCGAGGCCUUUGUGCAUGCUGGGGACCUCUACAACGCCUUCUGGGACGGCAGCGUGUUAGUCUUCGGUGAUGGAGAUGGAAUAAUCUUUGAUGGCUUCACAGAUGAACUCGAUGUCAUUGGCCAUGAGUUCACUCAUGGCGUGGUGCAGUAUAUGAGCCCACUUGAAUACAAAUUCCAGAGUGGCGCCCUCAAUGAGUCCCUUGCUGAUGUCUUUGGUAUUAUGAUUAAACAAUGGGGCGAAGAUCCAAAGUCUCCUCAGACUGUUGACCAAGCGAACUGGCUUAUUGGGGAGGGACUCUGGGCUCAUAGUGUCAAUGGCCGGGCUCUCCGUGACAUGAAAAAUCCUGGAACAGCUUACGACGAUGCUAAAGUGGGAAAAGAUCCUCAGCCCGCGCACUGGAAGGAUUUUAAGAGACUUGGUGAGGAUGAGGAUGCAGGCGGUGUCCACAUCAACUCCGGCAUCCCAAAUAGAGCUUUUUGCCUUGCUGCUACUAUGAUUGGCGGUUAUGCUUGGGAAGGUCCUGGUCCCAUCUGGUACCGCGCUCUGACUAGUGGUAAGCUUCGCCACAAACGUGCUACGUUCAAAGAUUUUGCAGACCUUACUAUUGAAAAUGCUGGAGCGCAUGUCGAUAAGGUCAGAGAGGCGUGGAAGCUUGUUGGAUACCCAUUCCCCGAGAAGAAGAAUGAGCUAUAA